UCAGCCAUUUUGGUUUCCUAAUUAAAUCAAAGUUUAUUGAGUAAGGGUGAAUAUUAAACUCCGUUUUUAAAGCUAAACGUCUACGUAAAUCAUUAACAUGAGUACUAAAAGUAAUUAUAACGAAGACCUUUUCGAAUACAUUAAAGUUAGUGAAGACGAAGAUGAUUCCAACGCAGUUGAGAUACCUUGCGAACAUGAUGGCACUAUGUUGUUGUCAACACUUGUGGCACAAUUUCCUGGCGCGUGCGGAUUAAAAUAUCGUCAUCCUGAUAGUAAAGCUACUCGCGGUAUUCGUUUAAGCGAUGGUAAGCUUCAUCCACCUAGUGAUGCCGGCUGGGGUAAACAUUUGUACAUUUGUGUAUUUCCAAAAGAAAACAAACGAAAGAUGGAAGACGUUUCGCCGGAAAAUUCAGCGGCUAAAACAAAACGCUUAGAAAAAAAACUCACUUGUUCGGAUUUGAUUUGUCUUGGUUUACCAUGGAAAACAACUGAAGAAUCUAUAAAACAAUACUUUGAACAGUUUGGUGAAGUUGUUAUGGUUCAGUUAAAACGUGACAAAAACGGCUCUUUUAAAGGAUUUGGAUUUAUACGUUUUGCCACUUACGCCUCACAAAUGAGAGCUCUUGCUCAGAGGCACAAUAUUGACGGGCGCUGGGUUGAUGUUCGCAUUCCCAAUUCUAAAGAAGGGGUAGUUCCACAAAUGCCGUGUAAAGUGUUUGUAGGCAGAUGUACAGAGGAUAUGACGGCAGACGAUUUGAGGGAUUAUUUUUCUCGAUUUGGUGAAGUAACAGACGUGUUUGUACCAAGACCUUUCAGAGCAUUUGGUUUUGUUACCUUCUUAGAUCCUGAAGUAGCUCAAAGUCUGUGUGGAGAGGAUCAUGUUAUCAAAGGUGCAUCAGUUUCAGUAUCAAGUGCUGCACCAAAAAUUAAAAGUAAAUCCAAUCCUAACUGGAAAGAUGACUCUUAUGGUCCAAGCAACUGGGAAGGAGGUCGAUCUGGGUCUUCUGGUUCCGGUGGUAAUGGAAGUAAUAAUAACAUUGAUACAUUAAAUAUGCAGAACUUAGGUAUUAAUCCAAAUGGUGGACCGCCAGCUAAUUUCAAUUUGCCAAUAAGUCUUGUUGCUGCUGCACUUAAUCAAGCUGGUUGGGGUGGAUUCUUAGGAGGACCAGGAAAUUCAAAUAAUUGGCAAGGACCUCCUCAAGGUAAUUCAGGCAAAGGUUGGAACAAUAAUCAAAAUUGGGGUCAAAAUGGUCCACCAGCCUGGAGUCAGAGCAGUAAUCCUGGUUGGUCUGGAAGUAAGAGCGGGAACUGGAAUCAAGGAAAUUGGCCUAAUGGACAAAAUUGGGGAGGUAAUGGUGGAGGUGGCUCAGCUCCCUCAGGAUCUAGCAGCGGGUGGAAUAAUAACAACAAGCCCCAGACAUGAGGUGAGCCUGCACUCCAUGUAAAUACCAGAGAUGAGUGUAUGAAGAAGUAUAUAUAUUAAGUUCUAUUGGUAGCAAAUUAACAACAUAUGUGAAGAUUUUAUGUCAAAAUCUAUUCUUUUACUGAUAGAAUUAUCACAUUACUAGAGUAGAAUUAUUUCUAUCUGUAUUACAUUUAAGCCGACCCUUGUACUGUGUGUAAUUUGUGAUAUGGUAUGAUGUGUGAGACAUUGAAUUUAAAAUAAAGUAUGGCAUUAUGAGAUGGAUGUUUCAAUUGUGUCUUGUUUGGUGGGUAUAAUUUUUAUUAUUUGAGAAUGAUAGAUAAGGGAUGAAAAAAUACUAAUAUAUAAAUUAAUUUGAGCAUUUGAUGUUUGGAUGCAUUUUGCUAGGGAGUGAGUUUAUGUCACAUUAAGCAUACAUAAGCAGAUACCUUGGUGUCUGUGUGUAAGCAAGAGCCCCUUCUGUCCAAAUGAAAUCAAAUCCUGGUGUUUGAGGAUGUCAUCUGAGUGCUUCUGCAUCAAAGUGGUAUGAAGAAUUAAAAAUGUGACUUGAAUGAGUGCUUCGUCGAAGGAGUAACGCAGCGAGGGUAUGAAACAUACAUGUGGAGAUCCUCGAAAGCUUUAGUAGGAAGGGGGAAUAAAGACGAACACAACCAAUUUUAUUUUUUAAAGCAUUCUUUAUAGAUGUUCCAUUUAAUAUCGGGUACCAAUUAAAAGUUUUAUUUACACCUGAA